GUUAUUGGCGCUAACCACAACAUCGAAUGGCAUGUCACAAUGCCGUAAGAACUGGAGCCAAUAUGGGACACAGUGCUUCUACGUCAACACUCAACAUCUAACCUACACCGAUGCGAAAGCCGCCUGUGAAUCCUAUGGCAGAGGGUCUACCAUUGCCAGUAUUUCCGACAGUGGUGUCAACAGUCACAUACACUCGCUGAUAUCAGGCAUUUCAAGCUCUAAAGCUUACAUAGCUUUCCAGGAUAUUGACAGCGAUGGGUCGUGGAUUUGGGAAGAUGGUGCCAGCGUAUCCUACACAAACUGGAACUCUGGGGAACCUAACGGUGACCAUGAAAGAAACUGUGCCGGCAUGUACAAGUCAAACGGACGGUGGGACGACUUCUCCUGUACAAACCAGAUUGCGAGCGUCUGCAGAACCAUCAUCCAGUACACGGCUACGACCACCGGCUGCCCAUGUUCAUUUGAUGCCACGCGCAACGACUGCGCUUGCUGCUACAGCGGAGGUUGCCACUGUGGUGCGGAUUACGCCGAUCGCUGCGUUGGCUGCGGCGGAGAUUGUACGUCCGACGAAGUGGAACCGUUGGAGGAGUGGACACUCGUCUUCAAGCACAUACGUUCCUCCGGGAUCAACAUCCGUGACCUGUGGCAGGGCGGGGACACCUACAAUGAUGGCUCAACCGAUGCACAGAUAGUGACCUCCACCUCUGCCCACUACAAGAGCAGCACGGCCAACCACUACGACACCAACCAAAUCCAAUACGUAAAGCUGGCGUUCUACACCUCUGGCGGGUCAGAGGUCAUGUCCAUGACCUUUAACGCUGCAAAUACCAAUAAGAACUCUUGGUUUUCCUACGACGCUCUCCUCUAUGCGCCGUAUUCAGACAUCUAUACUGCAAGCAAAGGAUUCUUCUCAAUGGAUGGAGAUUACAAUGUUCGGAGGUGUUUUUUUGCGUGUUCAUACUACAACGGCUGUGGGGGUGACGCGGGCUGGAUAAUGAUUAAGGACACGGGCUAUGCCGGCCCCUGCACCUACGACAGCUACUACAACUAUCCUUACUUCACCUACAACACGGCCGGCACCCUGCAGGCAUUUCAGAGUGGACAUUUUGCCUUUCCAGAAAUCUUGGCAAUUUUCUAUAAGUACUAUGAUACCUCGACCAACCAAGGCAUUUGCGACGAUGACUGGGACUUGGGCAACAGCGGGAGGUCAUGCUACCGGGUGGUGGACUCGACGGUGACUUGGCAGGAUGCCCUGGAUGCCUGCCGCGGUCUCCGUAGCAAUGCCGACCUCGUCAGCAUCGCCAAUGCCGACGAGAAUGCUUUUGUGCUGACCAUGUCGCGCCGGACGUUAACGUACAACGAAUACUGGAUCGGUUUGAACGACUUUGCCGUAGAGGGGACGUGGGAGUGGUCGGACGGCACCUACAGCACCUAUACCAACUGGGCGUCGUCAGAACCCAACGAUUCAAGUGGAAAAGAGCACUGCAGCGUGAUGCGAUGGUCGACUGACGGAUCUUGGAACGACGCAAACUGUGCCAACAGCAAACGCUACAUCUGCGAGUAUCCGCUCAACGUCAUCUCUUGCGCCGAAUGGAAACGCCAGGGUUAUACCAGCAGUGGUUACUACACCAUUGAUCCCGAUGGGCCAGCCUUCGGCAAUGAUCCAUUCCGGAUCUACUGCGACAUGACCUCUGACGGAAACACGGGCAUCACCGUCAUCAACCACAACCAGGAGAUGCGACAAUGGGUUAAAGGUUAUGAGAGUUCGCGGUCCUACAUCCGGUCGCUCAGCUACCGACCCGUCAGCGUUAGCCAAGCCUCGGCAGUGGCCGACAUCUCGGGCGAGUGCUACCAGCACAUUAAGAUUGAAUGCUAUGGCAUGAGCAUGAACUCUGGCUACCACACAGCCUGGUACACACGAGAUGGUUCCAUGGCCACUUACUGGGGUGGGGCGCCCUCUAGCACCAGCCUCUGCGCAUGCGGGUAUCAAGGUAACUGUGACGGGGGAUAUUCUCGCUGUAACUGCGAGGUGAACGACUAUAACUGGCGGCUGGAUGAAGGCUAUCUGACUGACAAGAAUGAUUUACCCGUGACCGAGAUCAGGGUGGGCGAUACUGGAGACGGGAGCGAACAGGCGUACCACACCAUCGGAGCGCUGUACUGCAAAUAUGACGAGAGUACUAUUCUUACUGACAGAACCGACUUUGUUGCCACCGUGAACGCCUACAUCAGCGGCAACAAUCAGGAGACGAUCACCAGCACGACAAUUUCAAACUGCGCCAGCCAGUGCGUGGCAUGCACCUCGUUCCUGUGCGUCUCGUUUGAUUUCAAUCUAGACACCAAUAAUUGCUACCUGAGCACCGAAACAGACGAAACAGUGGGCCUCUCCUAUAGCACUUCAGCAGUGUUUUAUAAACGAAAGUUUCAGAGGCAGGAGAACCCCAACAGAGAGUCCAAUAAUUGUCCCAGUGGAUGGGCGGAGUAUAACUCCCACUGCUACUAUGCGGGGGUCAGUUCGAAGACGUGGUACGAUGCCGAGAUUUAUUGUGAGACAAACGGAGGUGGCGCUUUGGUCUCUGUGGACGAUGAUGCGGAGCAUGAAUUCCUGACAAAGAUAGGCCGAUGGGCCAACCCUUCGACGGAGUAUUUCUGGAUUGGAACCAACGAUAUCGAAGUUGAAGGAUUGUGGGUAAAUGUUGACCAAUCAAACACCACUUACAGUCGAUGGAGAUCAGGAGAGCCCAAUGGAGACGCCAUCGAAAAUGGCGUCCUGAUGUCUGUGUACACCAACUACGACUGGAUCGAUGUGGGCGUGGACGGGACCUAUCAUUUCUUUUGUGAGGCUACAGUCGGUGCUAGCGCCAUCCCUGCACCCACCACCCAUCCCCUCUGCCCCUCGGGUUGGUUCCACGAUGACCACAGCUGCUACUCCUUCUCCGGCAGCGCCACCAGCUGGGACGGAGCCCGAUCAGCCUGUCAGUCCUCCAACGCUGACCUGGCCAUCAUCGACACAAUGCGAGAGUUCAACUUCCUGCUGGACCUGUGGCGGUAUCGAUACUCCACCCAGCGGUUCUGGGUCGGGCUGACCGACUCGGCCAGUGAAGGAGAUUUCCUGUGGCUCAACGAUGACGCCUUCUCACUGAAUCCAUCCGUGUGGGAUACCGGCAGUCCGGACGACGCCGGUUCCAACGAAGACUGCGUGGAGUUCAACACCAACCGAAAGUUGAACGACGCAGACUGCAGCGCCUCCCUGUACUACAUAUGCGAAGAUGAUCUGUAUCCUGUUGCGCGCCCGGAGAACUUUAAUGUUGAGGUCAAAAGCACCAAGGAAGUUGAGAUAACGUGGGACACGACGAUGUUGGCUGGCGCCCAGGAUCACGAUAUCGCAGGCUUCAGGAUCUAUUAUUGGGUGUCCGAUCAAAUGAGCGCCACCCAGGCCAACUUUUCCGUGGAAAGCAGCGUGCGACGCUAUAUCCUUUCAACUCUUAUGCCCGGCAUCAGCUAUGAGUUCACACUUACAGCCUUCACCACUCAAGGGGAGGGGCCUAGCGUGGACCCCCCUGUAGAGGCUACGACUCAAGCCGCAGUCAUCAGGACAGACACCAGGCGUCUGAAGGUUUAUGUCAUCCAGAGAGGCCAGCGACUGCGUCAGCACGCCUUGUCUGACGUCCAGAUGGCCAGCUUCUCACAGUGCACCAACGCCUGCACGGCCGACGAGAGCUGCCUUUCGGUCAACUUCCACGAGAAAUCGCGCUCGGCGCUGAAGACGUGUGAGCUGAACGGUGACACCCACACCGGAAACGCCGGGGACAUGGAGGCGGACCGCGAGUACAUCUACGCGUCAGUGGAAGGGUACUAAACGAGUUGGCUCGGUCCCGCUUGGAGAUGAAGCUGACCUUGCAUCGUGUUACCUAACAGACCAAGACUUGGGCCAAAUCAGAAUCAAUCUGCAGACUCCCAUUCUCGUGAAAUCAGAUUAACUGAUCCUAGAGACUUUGUUGAUAAAAAAUGAUUGCGGUGCCCUGUGAAACCUCAAUAUCAUAAUCAUAAUGUGUUGAUUUGUCAUCAAAAUAUCUUCCUAAAAUAUGAAUAAUUUGCCUUCUUUUAUAAAGCGUAGGUGUUCUGUUGAAGUUAGAAUUUUGUAGCAAACUGACAAUAAACCAAGUUAUUAGCAAGAGUUGCUAAUGAAAGCAUGCUUUUCAAUUAGAAGAAAAUAAAUUUUGAAAAAUUGUGAGAGUUUUUACUUCGGAUCAUCUUUGAUCUUGUCUCGUUUGACAUUCAGUUUAUUACUUUAACAAGCCUUGACUUCAUUGUAAAUAUUUGUACGGAGUUUAGAAAUUGGAAAGGUCUCCUAUUUAGCAUUAAUUUUGUGUUCAAUGAAAAUUAGCAAUGAAUUGUCAGUGACUAUUUAAUAAAGA